AAAUGAUAUAAUCUGGUGCUGUGAAUUCCUGGAAAUGUUUAAUCAUAUUUCGUCAAAAAUAAAAUCUAAACUUCAUUUUCCUUAGCUGCACUGCAAGUUGAAGUUAUAGCGCAAAGUUAUUAUCACAAAAUGGAAAGGUUUGAGACAUUAUUUUGUGUCAUACUUCUGUUCUGUCCAUUUAAAUCAGUUUUAACACUGCCAGUAGAACCAGCCUGUUAAAAAUUUGCGUACGAAGAACAAUUACUUGAGAAAAUGGUGCGUAUGGAAUUCUUUGUGGAGAAUAUGCAGAAAGAUGUACAAAAAAGUAUUACCAAUGUUAUGGACGUUAUGAAUGGCAUAAAAGAGAAAAACGUUGAAAUAACGGAUAAUCUUUCAGGUUUACGUGAAAAGAUAGAGAACGUGGAUUUGAAGGUUGAAAAUGUAACUGACACAAUGAAUGGCAUUAAAGAAACAAACACUAAAGUGGCGGAUAAAUUUUCAAAAUUACAUGGAGAGAUGAAGAAAUUGGAAUUGAAGACUGAAAACAUAGUUGACAAAAAUGAUCGCAACAGCAAUGACAUAGAGGAGAUAAAGGCAUCCGAGACACAAGCAGUAGCAUUCAAUGCAUACGUGGCAGUAGAGUAUUCCGGCAAGGAUACUGUAGUGUUUUCAACUGUUAUACUGAAUGAAGGUAAAGCGUAUGACAACAACACUGGAAUCUUCACAGCUCCGAUUGAUGGGGUAUACCAGUUCAAUGCUCAUCUUUGCCUUACACCGGCGGUCUGUGCAAAUUACUAUCUUAAAGUUGGAAGGCGCUCUAUUGCUAGUGGAGAGUAUAGGGUCUCAAAAGAAGCAACUGACACAAAAUGUACGUCUUUCGGUGCCGUUGCUUUAGUUCGAAAAGGUGAACAAGUGCGCGUUAGAGGCAUGCUCUUUGAGAAGUUAGGUCAAUCGACUGACGACUGGAAUUCUUUCUCUGGUGUACUAAUACAAAAAGUGUAGACAAACAUGAUGUAUUGUACCUGACAGUCAUAGUACAGGCAAAUGUAAAUGAUGAACUUACCACAUUAUGCUUCAACUAUAUUUGACGAUAGCAAAUAUAACCAAUGUACGAUUUAGCCACAAUUAUAUGUUUGUGAAAAUUAACUGUUUGUAGUAGAGUGCCAAUUUUGAAAGAUCUAGACAGGCUGGACAAAAGUACCAAAUUUUGUAAAACGGUAGCUUGGGGCAAUAUAAGACUUUUGGCUGUAAGGGCCAAGGUCACAGCUCUUUGGAAUUCUAUUUUUAAACCAUUCAAAAUGGCCGCCAUUAAAACAAAUAGCUAUUUUAGUAAAAGUUAGUUUUUAUCUUAUUCAUGAUACAUAUUUAUAUGUAAACUGAUUCAUACUUACUCUAAGGGUCAAGUGAUGCAUUUGCAUAAAGUUAGGUCAUGCUACAUAACAGUCUGUCUGUACAUUCGUCCGUACGUACGUUAAAAAUGUCAUCUUUUUUAAAACCAUGCGCUUUUACGUACAUACAUCAUAAGCCCUGUAAUGUGCUGCCUGAACCCGAUUGGUCUAGAGGUGAUAAAUAUGUGUAAAGACUAAUAUUUGUAGAAGAUAUGUUCCAUUUUUGUUUCGUUCGUCCGUCUGUCUAUCUGUCUGUCUGUCUAUCGCAAAGUCGUGUCCGCUCUAUAGUUUUAGUCAUAACGAGACCACUGUAGCUUGGGACAAUAUAAGACUUUUGGCUGUAAGGGCCAAGGUCACAACAGUAGCUUGAAACAAUAUAAGACUUCUGACUGUAAGGGCCAAGGUCACAGCUCUUUGGAAUUCUAUUUUUAGAACAUUCAAAAUGGCCGCCAUUAAAACAAAUAGCUAUUUUAGAAAAAUAUAAUUUUUGUCUUAUUCUUGAUACAUAUUUAUGUGUAAACUGAUUCAUACUUACUCUUAGGGUCAAGUGAUACAUUUGCAUAAAGUUAGGUCAUGCUACAUAACAGUCUGUCUGUACAUUCGUCCGUACGUACGUUAAAAUGUCUUCUUUUUUAAAACCAUACUCUUUUACGUGCAUACAUAAUAAGCCCUGUAAUGUGCUGCUUGAUCUCGAUCUAGAGGUGACAAAUAUGUGUAACCGACUAGAGGUUUGUAGAAAAUAUGUUCCAUUUUGUUUCGUUUGUCCAUCUGUCUAUCUGUCUAUCGCAAAACCGUGUCCGCUCUGUAUUUGUAGUCAUAAUGAAACCGCAAGUGGAACGCAACAUCAGUUUAAUAUUACUGUUGUACAGUGUAGAUCAAAUGAUAUAAAGGCAGCAUUUCAUGUCCGCUAGUGCCUCAGAUAACAUGCAGAUGGCAAUUCCAUUCAUCUUUCUAUUAAAAUAAAGUAUAUUGGGAGACAUGGUUCAUUUUCAUUUAUGGUUCUUUUGCAUCAUAUACAUGUAUCAAAUAAUAAGCUUUGUUUUUUUGUUUUUUUUUGGUAGUUUUAGCAUCGCAUUAACACAACUCUAGGUCAUACGGUGACUAAAUAAGCUUUGUGAUUAGCUUUGUAAUUCCCAUAAUAGAACCCAUAUUACAUAUAUUUAUAUAAAAUCUCUGUAUUCAAAUAGUUUUACUUUGAUAUAGCUAAGUAUCAAUAUGGUCAUAUCUAUAUACAUGUAUCUUGAAAAGCAUUAUUGUAAUGGAAAGUUAAAACUUUUAUUUAAUGAUUAUGUCUUUAUUUACUGGGUUCUUGUUAUAAUUUAUCAUUUAGAGGUGUUUGCAUGAUUUAUAUGCACCCUUACUUCAUCUUUUGCAUGAACAAAUAGUUGCCUCAAACAAAUUUAACAUUACUUGCAACUAAAAGCUUUGACCACACAGGACAUUUUUCCUGUUCAAAUCAUCAAACCGACAUCUUCUGGUUUGAUACUAUUCAUGUUUAUCCCAGUCACAUAUCAUGCCAGAGCCUUCUGGUACUGGAACAUUUUUGUUGGGAUGAGUCACUCGUCAAUAAACUAUAGGUAAGGGAAGCGGUUGUCUAGAGGUUAAGGUAUUGGCCGCUCAACCCAGAGUUUGAUACCGACUUGGGUCAUAACUAAGCCUUCUCAAAUGACAACAGAACUCUGUUUUCCAGGAUUCGAGAGUGGUUCAGAUAAGCUUCUAGCUUUCAUCACAAUUGAGCUUAAAAAUAAAUUAGUAUAAACUAAAAAGCUAUAGUUAUUCAUAUAGACAAGAGAGGAAUAGAUGUAUGCACAUGCAUUUUUUUUAACAUAAUGAUUUAUUUCUAUUUUAAAAAGCCUCUUCUUUUAUAUAGACAUUUUCUUCUGUAUGAUGAUUAAAAGCCAAAAGGAGAUAUAGAAAGAUAUAGAAUGCUGACAUUUAUCACUAAAAGCUCCCAAGUAAUUAUGCUAUUUCACUACAAAUUAUAUCAUCAGAAGUAUGUGCACCUUUAUGACAUACUCCUUAUGAAUAUAUAAAUGGAAAUACUAUGGAACAAAUUUGUAAAGCAUAAUGACACAGUCAAAGCCUUGAUUGCAGCAUACAUGUCUUGCCUUUUAAAUACUUAGAAAUGUCCCACUUAGGUUAAUGACCUCAAUUCCUUUUUAAAAGAUUGAAAACAGCAUACAGUAUUUACACCAGCAAUAAAAGAAAUGGAAUAAACUAGUUUCCCUUUAUCUUCAAUGUAAAUUUAAUAUGUUUGCAUCACACUAGCUUAAAAUGGCAUUGUUCGGGCAAUUAGGUAAUUUAUUUCAGAUAUACUUAAAUUAAUGAUUGAUCUAUGCAUAAGUCAUUUAUAAGCAUAGCAUUCUUUCUCAACAUGUAAAAUACAAUGUAAUAUACAAUUAUCACCAUUAUAUUGAUUAAUAAAGCAAUUUGCAGUUAGUAAUGUUAUGAAAUUACCUUACACCAAACUCUCUUACCUUCAAAUAACCCCUAGAAUGCAACAGCCCCGUUGACACAUAGCUAAAAGAUAAGAAUGACAAUCUCACCAUUAAAAACUUUGCCACCUACACAGUUGUUUUAGAUAAUAUAGGUACAUGUAGUAAUUGGUGCUCUCUAUAUAAGACAUUAAGAAAUAGGUAUGUGUAUCAAACAUGAUUUGAAUAGACAUUAAGAAAAUGUUCCCCUCAAUCAUCUUAACAAUUGUUCAAUAUGGCUAAAGUACUUUUCAAUAGGAUAUUUUGUCACGUCUGUUUAGGUGAACUUCACUGUGUUAAAAUUCCAUAAUGUUAAAACCCGAUACAGCAACUCUCAAAAAAAGAGAAUAUGCGUGGUAAUUACAUGGUUGGAAAAGCACUUCUUUCAGUACUGCACAUGUAUUUAUCCUUUUGCAUAAAAGGGAGGUUAUAAAAAGGAACGGACUCAGUAAUACUUUAUACCUUAUGAAUCAUACUUUAAAUACCUUUGAAAAAUAUGUUAUUAAUUAAGUAUCAAAAAUAAGAUUUAACAAGUUACUAAUAUAUUUUAUGUUUAUAACAGCACAUGCGGCAGUCACAUAAUAAACAAAGCCAUUAUGGCCCUAUAAACAGUUAAAACAAAUCGUUUUGGUACAUUUCGUUUUCAUUUUUAACAGGGUAUUUCAGGAACAGUCACUUGAAUAUUCCAAAAGUCAAUAGACAUUUAACAAUUUAUAGAAUAAAUAAUGUCAAAAAUCUUAAAAAGACCCCUCAGAUUUAGCCAAAAAAAAAGCUGUUCUGAAAUAUAUGAAUUUUGCGACGGAUGGGCGGACAGACGGACGGAACAAAUAAAAACAUGCUUCACCCAAAAAUAGACAGACGGACAGAAUUUUUUUCAGCUGCACCAAUACAUAAUUUAAGUCAAGCUGCACAUUACGGGGCUCAUCUUAUAGUUAUAAUCACAAGUAUGCUGUUUAUAAACAGCAUUUUUGACAUACAGACAGACGGAUUUACAAACAGACGGACGUGAAAAUUGACAUCACUUCCUGCCAAUGUAUCACUUGACCCUAAGAGUAUGUAUGAAUCAGUUU